AUGCCUUCGACCACACCGCAUCCGGCGACUUCAGCCUCGCAGCAACCAGUGACCUUGCGCCCCCAGCCACAGAUGGCGGUUGCUCCUCCGCAGCAAACGGGUUUCGUCGCACAGCAGUUGGCCUUUACACCUCAGUGGCACAUGGCCUUCGCGCAGCAACCGGUCACCAUCCGCGUGCCCACAAUCUUCCAGAACAUUCAAGCGCAGCCGCACAAACUGCUCGAACGUGACAUCCUUAAGCCGCAUAACAAUCCGAUGACUGACUAUCAUGUGGGACCAGAGGGCACACCAGGCGAUGCAACAGGGUUCGUCCCAGAGCAAGCAUGGGUAUCAGCGAACAAUCUUCCCUAUGCCCUUGGAAUGCUUGAGCAGAUCAAGAGACAGAAGCCUGGCAAGCCUUCGACAAAGACCAUUAUAAACCAGGAUGGUACAUCUUCAACUGUCCGUGACCUACCGAUCCUACCGGAUUGUAUAUCAACAAGGGUUGAAGAAUGGCGCGCGCUCAUGUGGAUGCUCUACGAUCCUCGCAUCAAAAUGAAGGAUCUCACGGGCCGGAUGGAUAGCGCUACAAAGAGCCCUCGGACCGACGAGCAGGUCCAUAGGAGAUUGACGGAGGCCAUGACGGAAUGGCGAAAGAUGCACGGUGGCUUUUCCACCAACCCUCGGACCAACCGUGCCAGGCCUAAUGAGCCCCCUAUAGUCGACUGUAAAAUUGUCGACCGCGGCUUAGCCACCCAACAACAGCUCAACGGAGUUGCAGUCUCCACGGGUGAUUACAACACCGUUUGGGACAUCUGUACGGUUAUUGGCCAAAAGGCAUACGUCCAUCAGCCUGGAAACCCAUAUUACGACCAUCAAAUGUGGGAAAUACCGCUUCCGGAUCAGCCCAUUCAGCGGUUCGUCAAGGCGAAGGCACACAUGCAGUUGCAUCCGGACUGGAAGACAAAGGACCUCGACGCGAACAAGCAGAAGCUGGGCCAUGAUAAGAGGAAGCAGACUAUGGUCAACAAAACGGCAGCUCAGUUUCUGGCCGGCCUGUCUGGCCAAGUUCAGACCGCUCAGCAUGUUCAAGCCCUGGCCGCUUCCUCUCCGCAGGUUCAGGCUGCGCCGCCUGCCCAGGCUCAGGAUGCGCAAUCUCUCCAAGACCAGGUCACUCGUCCUGUCCAGGAAACCCAACCCUCUCAGGAUGCCCAGCACAUCGAGGGAGCCCAGCCUGCCGCUGAAACCCAACCGGACAUUGAGCCUGCCGAUGACGGCCAAGUCGACUUCCAGUCUGCCGAUAAAGAUGAACUUAACAUCCGGCCCCUCAGGAAGUCGCCGAAUUUCAUGGACAUGUUGUAUGAUCCUAAGUGGGACGAGCAAUGGGACCCCGCCAACCUGAGUGACCAGUGUACCGAGGACGCCCAACACGAGGUCUCGGACAGUGAGAGCUUACAAUUCUCUGAGGGCACUCAACUCCAGGGUACCCAGCGCGGCGAUGUUGAUGAUCGCAAUGAGGGCGCGCUCCAACCCCCUUCCCGCAAGCGUCGUAGGACAGAGCCAUCCGUUCCUGAGGUGGUCGCGCCAAAGAGACGUCGCCGUGGCUAA